CUCUCCGUCCGGCACAUCAUCUCCGACGGGCCGACGCCGUCGCCGCACACACUCGUCGCACAGAGAAGCCGCCGCGGGGAUGCCGUCUACGCCGCGACCGCUCGCCGCACCAUGCGGCCGCGGCCGCCUCGUCCUGCUAAUCCUCGCGCUGCUUCUCUCCACCGCCGAGCGCAGCGUGGAGGAGGAGGAGGCGGCGAGAGCGCUUAGCGUCGGAGUAGAGCUGGUGGGCGAGACGAUGCCGCUGCGCCACGGCCGGCGAGUCUACAGGAUCGACGGGCUGCGGCCGUCCGCGUGGUACGAAGUCAAGAUCUCCUACCCGGCCUCCAUACCGUCGAGUUUUUCUAUUCGGAUCGUGGACGAUACUGAUGCAGCGGAGGAUUGGGGGAGCAAGAACAGGAGGCUGCUUAACACAGAGAAGAUAAUUUUCAAGGCUGAGAGCAGCAACCCGGUUUAUGUUCUUGUCACUGUGGAGCCUGAGGGCGUAGUUGCGAAGCCAAACGUGCCGGAGAGAGAACUUGCGCUCUUUAACAUUGUUUGCGAUGAACUUAUGCUUGGGAUCCCACAUUUUGCCUGGUGGGUUGGAAUUGGAGCACUACUUUGCAUUGUGUUGGCGUCACUGGCACCACUUGUUCUCCCGCUGCACAGGCUUCUUAACUAUGAAGCCGCAGAAUUGAGCAAAGCGGAUGCUGCUAAGAUGUCAUGACAGACAAAUUGGGGGUGCACGGCAUGAAUGUUCAGUUUUGCAGAGUAGGCAAGUGUAUAGGCAUCCCUAUUCUUUUCCCUUUCAGGUGAUGCAAGCGUCUGACAGUGAUUGUUGUACCCCUAGAGUUUAGUGCUGUACACAUCCACUUCUAUGCUGUAGUGAUGGAUUAAUGGUUCGACCUCAGUUUAUGUUGUUAUUUUUACAUGUCUGUAUCAUUGUUUUGAUAAAACCUGAUACUUUCAAGUUUCAA